UACAUGUAGCUGAUGACACAAACUCAAAAAGUCAGGAGUUAUGGUGUUGUUCAUCAUUUGUUUUAAACCUGGAGUGUCUGUGCUAGUGCCACACAUGGCCUUCGAUGUGCCGGAGUCUGGCAAGUGUGAAGAUAUCCAAGGUGAAGAGUGUUAUCUGGUCCAAUGAUAUGUCUCAUGUAGCACUCAUCAGUAAACAUGGUAUGAUGCAACAACUCACAGUUACCAGUGGAUCAUGUGUUGGCAGGAUCAUACGAGACUGCCAUGAGGUUGUUACAUGACCAAGUGGGCGUGGUGAACUUUGAAGAAUACAAACAACUUUUCCUACAGACAUACAGUAGAAGUAGGACAUGUUACCAAGGGUUACCAUCUUUAUAGCCUCUCUUUGGAUAUCCACAUAGAAACUGGAAGGAGGCAGGUGGUAGAAAUGGUGUUUUAGCUGUGGGCCUCAAACUGAACAACUUGGUACAACAGUUACAAGUGGCGUAUAAUCUUACAACAGCUGGCAAGUUUGCCGAGGCUACAGACAAAUUUAGAUCUAUUCUUCUCAGUGUACCAUUGUUAGUGGUUGAUACUAAACAAGAAAUUGCUGAGGCCCAGCAGCUGAUAGAGAUCUGUAAAGAGUAUAUUGUAGGAUUGACCAUGGAACAGACUAGGAAGGAGCUUCCUAAAGCAACAUUACAAGAUCAGAAAAGAUUAUGUGAGCUCCUUGAAGCCACCUCCUGUGAUGCUAUUCAAGAAAUGCUGGAUGAGAAUUAUGUAUUAUUUGAGUCAGCUGGUUGCUACAAACCAGUGAUAUCCUUUAGUGAAAAUUCAAGAAACAAACUGGUAGAUGAUGUAGUCAGGUUUAUUGUUAUUGGGAGGAAUCUUCCAGCUAUUCAACAACUGAGGCAAGGUCUUCAGACAUUUGGUCUUUUAGACCUGAUGAAAGAGCACAGUACACAAUUCAGUGAGGUUUUCUGCCAAGGUCAGACAACAAAUUUGACAGCAGACCAGGUGGAAGCUGUCUUCAGUAAAAUUGAAUACUCAGAAAUAGGAAGCAACAAAAGGAGAGAGGAAGAACGCACCAUUGCAUACUGGAGAGAUUAUCUGCUUGAUAUAGAGGAACGAAAUGUUGGAGUGACAUUCGAAGACGUGUUAGUGUUUGCGACUGGAGGCAACAACGUGCCCUAUUUGGGAUUUUCACCAGACCCAUCAAUAGAGUUUGUCUAUGACAGUGGUGAAAAGAAUUUUCCACAGGCAAACACGUGUUCAGUGGUCCUACGGCUUCCAACAGUUAACAGCUAUGAACAAUUCAAAGAGAACAUGGACUUUGGAAUAUUAAAUUCGCCAGGAUUUGGAAUGGCAUAAACUAAUAUUGUAUACUUCAAGAAUUAUAAAAGUCGCAAUUUCCAUAAAAACAAUUUUAAAGUAUAUCUUGUAUUGUAUGUGAUAUAUAAAGUUUAGAAAAUGUUAUCUUUGUAACUGUUCACCAACACUAGAGAGGAAAAGUGAAAAGCUCCAGGAAUUGAUGGGAGCAUGUAGUUGUUGCCUUAUCCAUCUGGAAUUCUGUCAUUUUGACAGUACCAGAGUUUAACUGUAAAACUAUAAGAGGUACUGAGUUGAAACCUGCUAUGUGGAUAGAUCUCAUUGGGGGCAAUGCAGUGCGGAGGAAUCAUAACUAUCUCUUUGUUAUUUCUGAGUUACAGCGUUUUCAUUUUGUCCACAAUGGAAUAGUAUAUCACCAAAUGUUGGAAAGGAAUUGACUUCAAACUAUAAGUAUAUAUAUCUCAUUGAGUUGGAUUGCAGUGCACAACAGAAAUAACUAUAUGUCUUGUGUUGUUUUAGUUCUGGCACUUUAUUUUAUUUUAUUUUUUUAUUCUUUUGUACAAUGUAAAACUUCUAAAACUACAGGUUAUUGACAAUCAACUUCUUAUUUACAAAAGUCUCACUGAAGUGUAGUACAUAAGAGUCAUAACUGUCCAUAGCAGUUUUUGAGUUAUGGCCCCCUUAUUUUUAAUACUUAAAUUUUUGUCAGCAGUUUACCUCUGUAAAAGUUAUUUAAAAUAAGUACUCCAAACUUCAUAUACUGAUGGAUGUCAUUUAGGAGGAGUGCAGAGGCUAAGAGUCUAAACUGUCUAUAGUUAGUGCUGAGUUAUGACUACUCAUUAUAAUAACAUAUAUAACAGGAUUACAGUACACCAUAUUUGCUGCACUUGAUAACAUGGAUAUUGGAGAUAAUCAUUUAAAAUAACUACUGUUACUUCUUCAAACACAACAUUAUGUCUCCCCUCAGAGUUGGGGAAGACAUAUUAUUUUUGCCCUGUCUGUCUGCCCGUCUGCCCCCACACUAUUUCCCCUCGGUAUGUAAAAUCUUAUUAACCAUUCAUCACAGAGACUUCAUAUUUUGCAUGGUGGUUGGUCUGCUUGGGUAGAAGACCCUCCAUUGGGUCAAAGGUCAGAGUCACAGGGGUCAAUAAUGUGAAAUUUGUUUCAGUUUAUAAUCUUAUGAAUCAUAAAUAGGAAUUUGUUGAAACAUUAUACAAUGAUAAGAGGACCUUGAGAGAAAACGCUCUGUGUAAAACCCGUAACUCUUUCAUUAAAUUUGAGCCAAAGGCUGCUCAUGGUGAGCUUUUGUGACCGCUCAAUGUCUGACAUCCAUCCGUCAACAUUUUCAAAAAAAAAAAAUUUUGAAAACUACUGGGGUGAAUUACACAUGAUCCUUGGUUGGUCCCCUGUCAAAAUUGUUCGAAGAAUUGAAUUCAAUGCAAAACUCUGGUUGCCAUGGCAACCGAAAUGAAAAACUUUAAAAAUAUUCUUCCCCAAAACCGCAAGGCGUAGAGCUUUUAUAUUUGGCAUGUGACAUCAUGUAAUGGUCCUCUAUAAAGAUUCUUCAAAUUAAUUCCCUGGGGUGAGAAGAGGCCCCGGCCAGUUUUACAUGGAUUUGUAUAGGAAGAAACUUUUAAAAUCUUCUUGUCUAAAACCACAAGACCUAGGCCUUUGAUAUUUGGUAUCUAGCAUUGUCUUGAGAUCCUUUAUCAAAUAUUGUUCAAAAUAUAACCCUGGGGUGAAAAGAAUCUCAAGUUCUACAUAAACUUGAAUAGGGAAAAAAAAAUUUAAAAAUAUUUUUGCUGUAAACUGCAUUACCUUGUCGUCCUCGACCAAAAAUGUUCAAAGUAUGCCCCAGGUGUGAAAAGAGGCCCUGCCUUGGGGUCCAAAAUUGUACAUAGACUUCUAUUGGGAAAAAAUUCUUGUCUGAAAGUUCAAGGCAUAGGCUUUUGAUAUUUGGUAUGAAGCAUGGCCUAGUGGAUGUCUAACAGAAUUGUUCAAGUUAUUCCCCUGGCGUGAAAAGAGCUACUUGUUAUAUGAGUUAUAUAGGAAUAAAUACUUUGAAAAUUUUCAGAUCAUAUUUCCUAGACUGUUUAAUUAUAAUUACCUGAUGAUCCCAAGUGAUUAGGGGACACCUGACUGUAAACUUGACCUACUUAAAUUUCUUGUUUUUAAGAUACAGACUUGAAAUUUGGAUGACAUGUACAGUUUUACACACCGAUCUUAAAACUGUCUUUCAGUGACCAUAAAUAUGACCUACUUCCUUAUACUUUAGCAUCAUUUUGCCAUUUUAAACAAGUGGCUCAUAUCACUCGGGUGAGGGAUUCAGGGUCAUCAUGACCCUCUUGUUUUAAUUUGUCCCUUUGUUUUAUUUUUUGUUGAGAGCAUUCCUCAAAAACUAUAUGAAAUUUGUUGAUUAAGUUUUAUACAAUGAUAGAGUGCAUUGCAAAAGACCCAUAACUCGUCCUUGGUUUAUUUUUUUAUUAUCUCCCUUAGUUUGAUUUUCUUAUCAAGAGCAAAACUAAUGCUAUUUGAUGGAGUUUGUUGUAACUGGGGUCAUUUUACUCAUUUGACAUUGAGAGGGAGUGUAGUGUGUAAGACCCAUAAUCCUUCCUUGUUUAAUUAUGUCUCGAUCAGUUAUUUCCCUUGGUUUAAUUUUCUUGUUCAGAGCAUAACACACACUACAUGACAGAAGUUGUUGAAGCUUUAUACAAUAAUAAAUUUAAUUGCCUUUUAAGCUCACCUGAGCACAAAGUGCUCAAAGGUGAGCUUUUGUUAUCACCCGUCGUCCGUCCGUCAUCAACAAUUUGACUGUUAACACUCUAGAGGUCACAAUUUUGGCCCAAUCUUAAUGAAACUUGGUCACAAUGUUACCCUUAAUAAAAUCUUGGAUGAGUUUGAUAUUGGGUCAUCUGGGUUCCAAAACUAGGUCACCAGGUCAAAUCAAAGGAAAAGCUUGUUAACACUCUAGAGGUCACAAUUUUAGACCUAUCUUAAUGAAACUUGGUCAAAAUGUUACACUCAAUAAAAUCUUGGAUGAAUUACAUAUUCCGUCAUCUGGGGGUCAAAAACUAGGUCACCAGGUCAUACCAAAGGAAAAGCUUGUUAACACUGUAGAGGCCACAUUUAUGAUUAUAUCUUCAUGAAUCUUGGUCAGAAUGUUAAUCUUGAUGGUCUUAAGGUCUGGUUUGAAUCUGGGUCAGUUGGGGUCAAAAACUAGGUCACUAGGUCAAAUCAAAGGAAAAGCUUGUUAACACUCUAGAUGCCACAUUUAUGACUGUAUCUUCACGAAACUUAAUCAGAAUGUUAAUCUUGAUGAUCUUUAGGUCAAGUUCGAAUCUGGUUCAUGUGGGGUCAAAAACUAGGUCACGGGUUCAAAUCAAAGGAAAAGCUAGUUAACACUGUAGAGACCACAUUUAUGACCAUAUCUUAAUGAAACUUGUUCAGAAUGUUAAUGUUGAUAUCUUUAAAUCAAUAGGUCAGGUGAGCGAUACAGGGCCUUCAUGGCCCUCUUGUUUACCACCUCUUAUCAUAUCCCAUGGAUGAGUCUUGUUCUUUUUUCAAAAGCAUUUUUAGUUCAUUUUUAUGCCCCUUCAAAGGAGGGGUAUAUUGUUUUGCAGAUGUCGAUCUGCCAGUUGGUAUGUAGACAAAUCUGUUUCCGGAUGAUAUUUCAAGAAGGCUUUGGUCUAGGAUCAAUAAAGUUGACAGGUAGAUUGAUCAGAACAAGCAGAUGACCACUAUUGAUUUAGAGAUGAGUAGGUCAAAGAUCAAGGUCACAGUGACCUAGAACAGUUUCCGGAUGAUGACUCGAGAACGCUUGGGCCUAGGAUCAUGAAAGUUGAUAUGAAGGCUGGUCACGACCAGCAGAUGACCUGUAUUGAUUUUGAGAUCAGUAGGCCAAAGAUCAAGGUCACAGUGACACAGAACAGUUAAAUAGUUUCCAGAUGACAAUUCAAGAAUGCUUGGGCAUAGGAUCACGAAAGUUGAUAGGGAGGUUGAUCACCACCGGCAUAUGAUCCCUAUUGAUUUUGAGGUCAAUAAGUGAAAGGUUAAGGUCAAAUUGACCAAGAGCUGUAGAACUUCAGUGUACAGUGACCAAAAUAUUUCCGUUCCUUGUGCAAUCACUGAAUGCAUCAAGGGAGGCAUUUCGUGUACUACAAGCUCUUGUUUCCUUUGUAACAUACCACCCUGUUGAAAGCCAUUAUAACAAAUCUUUCAUCUCCAAAUUCGCCUUCAUGCAUUGUUUAUAAUUUAACCACUAAAUAUAUUUUACAUUUUCCUUCUUCCACAAACAGAAUUUAUUUUUGGGAGCAUCUAUUGGUUCCACCAAUAUUUUUGCUUUCAAAGCUGGCACACGGUGUUUUAGUUUAUUAAAUACAUGACUGUGUUUGUUUAUGCAGACAAUAUUUGACAUAAAUGUGAUGACUAUUAUUUUUGUUCUGUCGCAUAUUAACAAGACCCUAGCUAAGAUAACUGCAGGGGUUUGGGGGACAUAAGAUAUUCAUUUUUGUCCAGAUCUCUUGCCAUAUAUCAAGAUCACUGAGUCAAAGAUCAAUUUAUUUCAAAACUGUGACAUGCAUGGGUGGUUUUCAUAGUAACCUUGCUCAUGUCCUAAAGACAGUUGAUACAUCUUGCAAAAGUGAAGUGAUACAUUUAGUAUGCAAUAUUAGAUGCCACAGCUUCUUAUAAUAAAUGAAUACUCCAAAUACUUUUAUGUUAACAUUUUUUCAAAAUUAGGCAUGUCAGGGAAAAGGCCAAGGUUAUACAUCAAUGAUUAAACAUUUUGAACAUGGCAUUUUGUAUUCAUUAUUCUUUGUUUUCCUUUUAAGAUCAUACUGUCAUAUCACAUUGAGUUCAGAGAUCUCUGCAUUUUGUAUUAUCCAGUUAUGGAGAAAGCCCUGUCCCCAUUUAGAAACCUGGUUUUGUUUGUAUUGUCCUGUAUGUUGUUAGAUCUUAAAGUUUCUCUACAGUUAUUAACAUUUGGGUUUAAUUCCAGUUAAGAAUAGUUAGUUUCAAUAAAACAUAAAAUACUCAG